AUGGCUCAAGGCAGCUCAUUCGCCCAGCGGCUGCCGCAGACGGUCAAGAACCACUUCGUUGCUGGUAUGGCCGAGUUUGUCGGCACCUUUCUUUUCCUCUUCUUCGCCCUCGGUGGCACCAAUGCCGUCAACUCGGCUGGUUCCCAGGAAAAGACGUUUGUUCUUGCAUCCGACCCCGCCGAGCUUCUGUACAUCUGCAUCUGCUUCGGCUUCUCUUUGGCUGUUACUGUCUGGCUGUUCUUCCGUGUCUCUGGCGGCCAGUUUAACCCUGCUGUCACCCUGAGCCUGGUCCUGGUCGGUGCCGUUGGCCCCGUCCGUGGCUUCGUCGUCUUUAUCGCUCAGCUCCUCGGAGGAAUGUCUGCUGCCGGCGUGCUGUCCGCUCUCUUCCCCGGCGCGCUCCAGGCCAGCACCACGCUGCGCUCCGACACCAGCAUUGCACGGGGCCUCUUCAUUGAGGUCUUUGCUACCUCCAUUCUCGUCCUGGCCGUCCUCAUGAUGGCUGUUGAGAAGCACCGGGCCACGAGCUGUGCUCCUCUGGUCAUUGGUCUGGCUCUCUUUAUUGCCGAGCUUGUGAGCAUUCCAUACACCGGCGGCAGCGUCAACCCUGCCCGUUCGCUUGGCCCUUGCGUUGCUACGCGCAACUUCACCCACUACCACUGGAUCUACUGGAUCGGUCCGUUUCUGGGUGGUCUUCUCGCCACGCUUUACUACAAGAUCAUCAAGGUUCUUGAGUACGAGACUGUCAACCCGGGCCAGGAUGAUGACGGUCUUCCUCGCUACAUGCCCAAGGAGCACAACAACGGCCUGUUCCACCCCGAGGAGAAGCGUAACGGCACUGCUGAGCGCAAGCUGAGCGGCGACACUCGUUUCGGUGAGGGUUUCCGGACUGCCCCCGGUCUGGAGGCAGGUCAGAACGUUGCCAACGCAUAA